AUGACAGACCCUUUGCUUCACUUCAUCCACAUCGCCUUCAACUUUCUGGCCCCACCCUUUCUAUUGGGACACGUUAUCACACAAUGUGGAAAGGUUCGGUUCAACUUGUUUCGAUUCUCAAUGAACUACUGAUUUUCUUCCAGAAAAAGAAACCCGCUCAUCCGCAUCCGGUCGCCGACGGAAUGAUACUGUCCGCGCGGAAGGACGACCCGGACGAGGCGAGUCGGAAUGCUCCGAAGGCGCCGGCGGAAAAAGGAGCAGUGGCCGGAACUCACGAUCCCAACUACCAGACUCUGGCCGGUGUGAAGGAUGUGUUCGAGGAGAAGAAGGCUCCUUCAGGUGCCGCUGGAGCUGGAGCCGGAGCACCAAAGGCCGGCGGACCCGCGAUGGCUGGCACUCACGAUCCAAACUAUCAGACUUUGGCGGGCAUUGAAAAUGAUUGUUUCGAGAAGAAAGAGGGAGAGAAGGAAAAGGAGAAGCCGGGCGGUCCGAAAGCCGGCGGACCCGGCAUGGCUGGUGAGUUCGGUAGAGCGCACUUUCGUCCGCAAUGAAUCUUCAAUUGCAGCCACGCACGAUCCGAACUAUCAAACGUUAGCUGGAAUUGGCAACGAUUGCUUCCAGAAAAAGUGAAAUUGAUUUGUGGUUGUGUCCUUCUAAUAAACUCGUACAACUUUCUGUUUUAUUGUAAUUUCCGUGACUGUUCCACUCCAGAAACCCAAGUGCUCCAGUUCUGAAUGCUCCUCGUUCUUCGGUUUUGUCUAUUCUACAACAACCUUGUGUAGUCGGUAGGCGUCCGCGUUUUCAUCUCUCAACAGCUCACGUUUGCUCAGAAAGUAACAUGGCGGACAACAGUGAUACAUUGCUACAGCUCGCCCACUUUUUCGCUCCCAUCCUGCUCGCCGGAUUCACCGCUUCGCAAUGCGGCGGCGGCGGCGGCAAGAAGAAGAAGACGUCGAUUUCUGAGAAGAAUCCGACUUCCACGAGAUCUCCGCAGAGUAGCAAGAAGGAAGCGGCGGAGAAGCCGGAGGAGCCGAAGCCGAAUGCUCCAAAGGCGCCGGCCGACAAGGCGGCAGUCGCCGGAACUCAUGAUCCGAACUAUCAGACUCUGGCAGGAGUCGAUGCGAAUGUGUUCGCCGAAAAGGGAGGCCCCGCGCCUGCUGCUCCUGCCGCUGGCGCUGCUCCGGCCGCUGGAGCUCCGAAGGCCGGAGGACCCGGAAUGGCGGGCACGCACGAUCCAAACUACCAGACUCUCGCUGGCAUAGCCAACGACUGUUUCGACAAGAAGGACGGCGGCAAAGGAGGUGCUCCGGCUGCUGCUCCGGCUGCUCCAAAAGCGGGCGGACCUGGAAUGGCGGCUACUCACGACCCGAACUAUCAGACGUUGGCCGGACUCGGAAACGAUUGUUUCCAGAAGAAGUGA